UUAAUAUUGUUCUUAGAUUUUCCUCUCUGAACAUUUCACAGCAACAGGUUGCGAUCCCUCAACGUUGAGGAUGCUAAUCGUUGCAGUCAUCACUGCAUUUAGCGCCGUUGCGGUUGUCGGAAUUUGCUUCGGCGCAAUCAACGGCAGGCUUCGGAGGAAAAGCGCGGUGGGGUUCUUCCAUCCAUACACCAACGACGGCGGCGGCGGAGAGAGGGUUCUGUGGUGCGCGGUGAGAGGCAUCCAAGAGGAGAAUCCUGACCUCCAGUGCCUCGUCUACACCGGAGAUCACGAUGCCACACCACAAUCCUUGACGACUCGAGCCCUUGAUCGCUUUGGAGUCAGCCUCCUCUCCCCUCCUCUGGUGGUGCAUUUGUACAAGAGAAAGUGGAUUGAAGAAACCACUUAUCCACACUUUACAAUGAUUGGCCAAAGUCUGGGUUCUGUGUAUCUUGCAUGGGAAGCUUUGUGCAAGUUUACCCCUUUAUAUUAUUUUGACACGAGUGGAUAUGCUUUUACAUAUCCACUUGCCCGCUUGUUUGGAUGCAAAGUUAUUUGCUAUACACAUUACCCUACUAUCAGUUCAGACAUGCUAUCUCGUGUUCGUCAGCGCAGCUUGAUGUAUAAUAAUGAUGCCGUAGUUGCAAAAAGUGCUUGGCUUUCUCGGUGCAAAAUAGUCUAUUAUACAUUCUUCAGUUUCUUGUAUGGGAUUGUUGGAUCUUGCGCACACCUAGCUAUGGUCAAUUCAUCUUGGACCAAAUCUCAUAUUGAAAAGCUUUGGGGAGUUCCAGAUCGUAUUAAGCGAGUCUAUCCUCCUUGUGAUACUUCAGGGCUUCAGGUGCUUCCUUUGGAAAGAUCAGCUGAAAUUCCUGUAAUAAUAUCUGUUGCGCAAUUUCGGCCAGAGAAGGCUCAUACUCUCCAACUUGAGGCCUUUUCAGCUGCUAUUAAGAGAUUAGAUUCUGGCUUGCCAAAACCUAAGCUCCAGUUUGUGGGCAGCUGUAGAAAUAAAUCAGAUGAGGAAAGACUUCAAAUGUUAGAAAAGAAAGCAAUUGAGCUGAAUGUGAAUGAACAAGUGGAAUUUUACAAGAAUGUAACAUACAGAGAUUUGGUGGGACUUUUAGCUGGUGCUGUUGCUGGCAUCCAUUCCAUGACAGAUGAGCAUUUUGGCAUCAGUGUUGUAGAAUAUAUGGCUGCUGGUGCCAUCCCAAUUGCUCAUAAUUCUGCUGGCCCAAAAAUGGACAUUGUAUUAGAGGAAGAUGGACAAGAAACAGGAUUCCUUGCCUGCACUGUUGAAGAAUAUGCAGACGCCAUGUUGAAAAUUAUAAGAAUGCCAGAGAUGGAGAGACUUAAGAUGGCUGCUGCUGCAAGGAGACGAGCUGGAAGGUUUUCUGAGCAGAGAUUUUCUGAUGACUUCAAAGCUGCAGUGCGACCAAUUCUCAGUCAUACUUCUAGAUGAUGGAUGGUCUGCCUGCUAAUCAACAUUAUUGCAACUUCAAGUGCAGAGUUCCUUCACUGAUCUCUUUCUACCAGCCUAACUACUAUUUUGAGAAUGUGGGCCAAGAAUUUUGUUACUGAAAUAGUAAUACUUUUGUUUUCACUGUCAUUUCUUAAUUGAUGUUCAAGCUUCAUGCCCUUGGACCAAAUGGUAAAUGAUUCUGUAUGUACAGAGAACUGUUGGAUAUUGGAUUGUAAUAUAAGAAGAAUUUUUACUUUUUUUUACAUAUAAGUCUGUCUUUCUAAAGGCUAUUAUAUGACAAUCUUAUUUCAUUA